CAUGGUGCAUUUCGUUUGCUUAUCGAUUCCGACCACCGCUGGGCCACCGUGAUUAUCGUCGCCGCCUCCGCCUAGAACCCAAUGGAAUCUUCUCGUGAUGGUGUUGAUAAACCGAUGUUACAGUCCCAUCCACCAUUGUCGUCGGAGAGAAGGCCUGAAACCAGUGGACAGCUGGAGAGCAUAUUGUCCGACACUCGGCUGCCCUUCUGCCAGCGCCUCCUCGCGGCAACUUGGACUGAAUUGAAGCUUCUUUUCAGACUCGCCGGCCCCGCCGUCGCUGUUUACAUGAUCAACUAUCUCAUGUCUAUGUCCACCCAAAUCUUCGCCGGCCACCUCGGUAAUCUUGAGCUCGCCGCCGCCUCCCUCGGCAACACCGGCGUCCAGAUGUUCGCUUACGGCCUCAUGUUAGGGAUGGGGAGUGCCGUUGAGACUCUGUGUGGGCAAGCAUUCGGAGCUCAAAAAUUUGAAAUGCUGGGCAUUUAUCUCCAGAAAUCCACCGUUCUUCUCACCAUAACCGGGUUCCUUCUCAGUUUCAUCUACAUCUUCUGCAAACCAAUCCUGAUUCUUCUAGGUGAAUCAUCUGAAAUCGCAUCAGCAGCCGCGAUCUUCGUUUACGGCCUCAUUCCUCAAAUCUACGCAUACGCAGCCAACUUCCCGAUCCAAAAGUUUCUACAGGCUCAAAGCAUAGUGGCCCCAAGUGCAUAUAUAUCGGCAGCUACACUGUUGCUGCACCUGUUGCUGAGUUGGGUGGCUGUGUACAAGAUAGGGCUGGGGUUGGUGGGUUCGUCGCUGGUGCUGAGCCUCUCAUGGUGGAUAAUUGUGGUGGCUCAGUUCUUCUAUAUAGUAAAGAGCGAGAAGUGUAAGUACACAUGGGGUGGGUUCAGUCUGAAGGCUGUCUCUGGGUUGUGUGGGUUCUUCAAACUAUCAGCAGCAUCUGCAGUGAUGCUGUGCUUGGAGACUUGGUAUUUUCAGGUUCUGGUUCUGCUGGCUGGCUUGCUUGAGAAUCCUGAGGUGGCUUUGGAUGCUCUGUCGAUAUGCAUGACGAUACUUGGAUUUGUAUUCAUGAUUUCAGUUGGAUUCAAUGCUGCUGCAAGUGUAAGAGUGGGGAAUGAGCUUGGAGCUGGGCACCCCAAAUCAGCAGCAUUUUCAGUGGUGAUGGUGACUUUGGUCUCCUUCCUAAUAUCAGGGGUAGCUGCGGCCGUGGUCCUUGUCCUUCGCCAUGUCAUUAGCUAUGCUUUCACUGGUGGGGAAACUGUGGCGCAAGCUGUUUCUGAUCUGUGUCCAGUCUUGGCCAUCACCCUCAUGCUCAAUGGCAUUCAACCAGUUUUAUCAGGCGUGGCUGUUGGGUGUGGAUGGCAAGCUUUUGUGGCCUAUGUAAAUGUGGGUUGUUAUUACAUUGUGGGGGUGCCUUUAGGCUCACUCUUGGGCUUUUACUUCAAGCUUGGUGCAAAGGGAAUUUGGUUAGGAAUGCUAGGAGGCACAUUAAUGCAAACUUUGAUUUUAAUUUGGGUUACGACACGCACCAAUUGGAAUAAGGAGGUGGAAAAAGCUAGAGAAAGAUUGGAAAAGUGGGAUGACAAGAAGCAGCCACUUUUGAUGGACUGAAAGAAACUUUGGGUGCACUUGAUCUGUUUAUUACAUUUUGUCACAAUUGAAUUAGACCAGAAUUUUAGUGGUUUUGUUUUGUUUUUUUUCAGUUUUUAUAGUGUGGUUAGUGGAGAUUGAAUUGUAGGUUACUAAUUUCUAAUAU